AUGCCAAUCGGCCAGCAGGAAUCUGGUGUGACCUCUGGUGUCAAGUUCGUCACAUCGACGAUUGGAAAUACAGUUGGAGGCGUAACAAACACCCUUGGUGGUGUAGUUGGAGCACUUGGGCGUGGUGUUGGCGAGACACUAGAAGGUGCUACGGGCAGUGCUGGACGGCCUGUUGCGCGUGGAAUUGCGGACACUAGUACGAGUAUCGAGGAAGGAGCCAAUAAGAUCGCGGGGGGUGUGAAGAGGGCUGGAGGGGGGAAAUGA